AUGGGCAAACCUACGAACUCUGCUCCAGCUACCUCGAGUUCCAAGAUCGACGAUCAUGCAACAGCUGAAUCACACCGGAUGCAACUCUCUGAUGGUCCGCCUGAGCCUACUCCUCCGUUGAACGAUUUACCGAUCUCGACAACUCUCCCUGAAGUCACUGAAGAAAUUGCUUCGUUUAAUACAGCUCAGGAGAAGUCUGGAUCCGAUGGUAGCGGUGAAAAUCAGGGCACUUCAGUGGCUGUAGCAGAUCCACCUCAGGAUGCUGCGGAGCCUGUGCAUGUUCCCACUGAUGUGAAUCUGGUCUUACCAGUCGAAGGUGAGCAAGGUACUUCGACAAAUAAACCCGAGACGCAUGCAGAUCUGAAGGGAAGUGAUGAGUCACCUCUCCAAAUUGUGGCAUUGCACAAAGACACAACCCUGGUCCAAGCAAACGAUCCAAGUGAAGCGGCAUCUGAGUCAAGUAAGCACAUUGAGGAGACCACUAAGGACCACGAUGCUAUCUCUUUGGGCUCCUCCUCUGAAGACACAUCUGAGAAAUCUACUAGGAAGAAGCGUGUCCUGCAGCGUCUAGGUUUGAGGUCAUCUAAGAAGCAGAAGAAGGAUGAGUCUGCUGUGUCACCGUCUGUACCACAGGGAGCAUCUGGCUCAUCUCGGAGUAAAUCCAAGAGGAGUGUUGGAUUGAUAAAAGCGAGCAUUUCUAAACACUGGACUUUGGCCAGAGACAUGGAGAUAAUGCCAGCGAGAAAGAGUAUAUGA